ACGACGUCUCCCAUUGACCACCACCUCUUGCGACAUCGUCGAAUUUUACGGAGACUUGGUGUGGCUACUCUGUGCUGACAUCAUCCGAAGGGAGAACGAAAUGUCGAGUAAGCGAGCAGCAGAAGGCUUUGCAGACGUGUCGCAACCUGCAAAGAGGUCCAAGAAGGGUCAGGAUAACGACGAGUAUGUCGAUGUUGACAACCUUGAAGCCGUCGAGAUGGAGUCUCCUCCUGAAACAUCACUUGUUCCCCGUGGCGCCACCAUCAACUUCACUGCCCUCACUCGCAAGUUGGCGGAUGCAAGACGUGAGAGGGAGAUUGCGGAGGGAAAGGACGAGUCGACUUUGAGUAUCCAUAGAAGACAGCAGGAUGCCCUUGUCUCGCAUAUUUUCCAGGACCAUGACUUCGCUUGGCUGCAUCUCAAGCCUGACCACGCUUCGCGCCCGCUCUGGAUCAGCCCCGAAGAUGGUCACAUCAUCCUAGAGGCGUUUUCCCCCAUUGCGGAGCAAGCACAAGAUUUCCUUGUCGCCAUUGCUGAGCCGGUCAGCAGACCCGCGUUCAUCCACGAAUACAAGCUCACUUCCUACUCGCUAUACGCCGCUGUUUCUGUGGGAUUACAGACGGAGGACAUCAUAGAAGUGCUGAAUCGUCUUUCCAAGGUACCCGUGCCCGAGAGUCUCGACAGUUUCAUCCGGGAAAGGACCCUGUCGUAUGGCAAGGUCAAGCUUGUCCUGAAGCAUAACAAGUACUUCGUCGAGUCAAGUCACCCGGAGACGCUGCAGUUUUUGCUAAAAGAUAGGGUUAUACGGGAGGCCCGCGUCCACUCUGCACCCGUGGACAACAGCAUCCGUGCUGCGACCUUCACCACCUCAAAAGCCCCUGUUAAAGGCAACCUCGUGAUUCCCGGCACUAAGGAGGCAGAGAAGAAGAAAGAAGAGCUGGCGAAUGGCAAGGGGGCUGGUGGGAAAACCGACGCAGAGCUUUUCACUUCUGUUGUCGGUGUUGAACAUGAUGAGGUGGAAGAGGAUGAUGAUAACGUUCACGCCUUUGAGAUUGAUGAUGCAAAGAUAGACGAGGUCAAGAAGCGAUGCAAUGACCUGGAAUACCCUAUGCUAGAAGAGUACGACUUCCGCAACGAUACCGUCAAUGCCAACCUAGAGAUCGAUCUCAAGCCAUCUACUGUCAUUCGUCCGUACCAGGAGACUAGUCUCAGUAAGAUGUUUGGAAACGGACGCGCGCGGUCUGGCAUCAUCGUUCUCCCUUGUGGUGCCGGCAAGACGCUAGUCGGAAUUACCGCGGCUUGCACGAUCAAGAAAUCGUGCCUCGUCCUUUGUACAUCAUCGGUUUCAGUCAUGCAGUGGCGCCAACAAUUCAUGCAGUGGUCAAAUAUCACCGACAAGCAAAUUGCCGUCUUCACAGCCGAUCAGAAGGAGAAGUUCGCUGGGGACAGUGGCAUCGUUGUCUCUACUUACUCCAUGGUGGCUAACACCGGCAACCGUUCUCAUGAGUCGAAAAAGAUGAUGGAGUUCCUCACGUCGCGCGAGUGGGGUUUCAUCCUCCUCGAUGAGGUGCAUGUCGUACCCGCCGUCAUGUUCCGACGGGUGGUUUCGACCAUUAAGGCGCACUCCAAGUUGGGGCUGACAGCAACACUGGUUCGUGAGGACGAUAAGAUUGCCGACCUUAACUACAUGAUUGGUCCGAAGCUGUAUGAGGCAAAUUGGAUGGAGCUGGCAGCGAAGGGGCAUAUUGCCAAUGUUCAGUGUGCGGAGGUUUGGUGCCCUAUGACCCCCGAAUUCUACCGUGAAUACCUGCGGGAACAGUCGCGCAAACGCAUGCUUCUGUAUUGCAUGAACCCUAGGAAGUUUCAGGCGUGCCAGUUCCUCAUCAAGUACCAUGAGGACAGAGGGGACAAAAUCAUUGUCUUUUCGGAUAACGUGUUUGCUCUCGAGGCGUACGCGAAAAAGCUCGGGAAGCUCUAUAUUCAUGGGGGUACGGGGCAGACCGAGCGGAUGCGAAUCCUUCAACACUUCCAGCACAGUCCUGAAGUGAACACGAUUUUCCUAUCAAAGGUCGGCGACACCUCGAUCGACUUACCCGAGGCGACCUGUCUCAUACAAAUCUCCUCGCACUUCGGCUCCCGUAGGCAGGAAGCGCAGCGGCUUGGGCGCAUUUUGCGUGCGAAGAGGCGUAACGACGAGGGGUUCAACGCCUUCUUCUAUUCUCUUGUCUCCAAGGACACCCAGGAGAUGUUCUACAGCACCAAGCGGCAACAAUUCCUGAUCGACCAAGGUUACGCCUUCAAGGUCAUCACUCAUCUCGACGGCCUUGACGACCUGCCGGGGCUCGUCUACAAGUCGCGCGACGAGCAGAUUGAAUUGCUGUCCUCGGUACUUCUCGCCAACGAGAGCGAAGCUGAACUCGGAACAGACGUUGUCGCCAGUGAGGGAGACCUCAAGGGCACCGUCACAUCCAAGGACUUCGGGACGCCGUCGAAGGCUCCUACCGUGCAGCGUACCACAGGCUCACUCACCGCGCUCAGCGGGGCCCAACACAUGUCGUACGUGGAGCAGAACAAGUCAGCCAACAGAAAGCUCGCGCGUGAAGUUGCUCCCCGCCACAAGUUGUUCGCUAAGCGUGACAAGGAUGUGGCUGCUGCGCGGAAGGAGGCUAGGACCGCCUCCAAGGGUUGAUGUUCGUGUGGUAUGCCGACACGUUCGGUGAUAAAUCUGUCUUGACGGUCAUCGGGUGGUGCUCCUUCCGUUCGUUGUUCAAGGACCUUGAGUGAUAGCUCCCUGUACUUUAUUGUAUUCGUAGUAAUGUUACGGACUCCUGUAAUCUCACCACCC